AUGACAUUAAGCACGCCAGCUGCAGCGUCGGAUUUGUCACCGCUCGCUAACGCCAUUUACGAACAUUUCGAAGCUACGGGUCGUCUUGUACGUGUUGCACUCGAACUCGAAUGGACCAUCUUCACUCGCUUCAUUGUGGGUGUCAUAAUCACCACUGUUAUCACUGUCAUUUAUCUAUUGCUCACGAUGCGCAACGCUCGUCAACCUCUUGUUAUCUGGGAGCGUCUCAACAAGCCUAUCAUUAAGCUAUUUCGUCCAUGGAUCUUUGCCACCUUACUUAACAACGCUGACCCCUAUGCUCAAUCCAUUGAUUUGCGCAUUGCCACGUUCUCCAAAGGAUUCUGUACGGGAUUCAUGCGGGAUCACAAGCGUAAUCGCAACCCUUUCAAGAGUAUUCAUGCCACUGCAUUGGCCACAUUUGCUGAGACGAUUGGUGGUCUUGCUCUUAUGAGCACGUUGAAGAACAAGGAUCGAGCCAUCUUGGUAUCACUUCGUAUGGAGUACAAGAAAAAGGCGCGUGGAUUGCUGACAGCAUCCUCCGACUUUACACCACCGGCAUUUGAAGGUGGCAAACAGGAGGUGGAAACCGAGGUGGUGAUCAAGGACCGCAUGUUGGAUACAGUGGCUAUUGCUCAUUUGGGAUGGCUUGUCGAAUCCAAAGAAGCAUAA